GGGGCUUGGAGGCGACGCGGGCUCGGGCGCAGCGUGGUGGGCCCAGUUGUUCCCGCCGCCUACGGAGCCUGACGGCGAUAGGGGAAGGUACCCUCCGAGGGACGCGGUGGCACCAUGGCACAGCCCGUGAAGAGAAAAGAACCGGCCGCCGUGCCAGAUGUGAAUGAGUCAGAGGCUGACCUCCCCAAGUCCGAGCUCUCGGGGGAGGCGGCAGCGGAGGAAGACACCACGGCCCCCAAACUUCAGAAGAGAAGCUCAACCCCCGAGGGUGAGACGGCCAACAACCCCGAGAAGGAGCCGGCCAACAACCCCGAGAAGGAGCCGGCCAAAGAACCCGAGAAGGAGCCGGCCAAGGAACCCGAGAAGGAGCCGGCCAAGGAGCCCGAGAACGAGCCCGCCAAGGAGCCCGCCAAGGAGCCGGCCGUAGAACCCGCCAAGGAGCCGGUCAAGGAGCCGGCCAAAGAACCGAUCAAGGAGCCGGCCAAAGAACCCGCCAAGGAGCCGGCCAAGGAGCCGGCCAAAGAACCGGCCAAGGAGCCGGCCAAGGACCCACCGAAGGAGCCAGCCAAGGACUCUAAGAAGGAAAGCGACGGCAACACCGUGCCAGCGCGCCACUGGCUGAUGAAGUCGGAGCCGGAGAGUCGGCUGGAGAAAGGCGUGGACGUGAAGUUCAGCAUCGAGGACCUCAAGGUUCAGCCCAACCAGACGACGUGCUGGGAUGGUGUCCGUAACUAUCAGGCUCGGAAUUUCAUGAGACGCAUGAAGGUCGGCGAAGAGUCCUUCUUCUACCACUGCAACUGCAGACACCCCGGCAUCGUCGGCGUCAUGCGGGUUGUGAAGACGGCCUACCCCGACCACACGCAGUUUGAGCCGAAGGCCCCCCAUUACGACGCUUCCAGCUCCAAGGACAACCCCAAGUGGUGCAUGGUGGAUGUCCAGUUUGUGCGCAUGACCAAACGCCUCAUCCCUCUGGCCGAGCUCAAGGCCUAUCACCUGGAGCACAAAGCCUCAGGGGGCCCCUUGAAGGCACUGGCUCUCUUCACGCGCCCGAAGCUCAUCGUGCAGCCCGUGACACCAGAGGAAUUCGACUUUAUUGUGAGCCUUGAGGACAAGAAGCCAACUUAACAGGAUUCAGCUGGAAGCAUUUCUCUCAAAGCAAGACCGCUUGGCCCAUCUCCCCAGAGGUGAGGGGCCUUGCUGGUUAUUUCCUUUGCCGUGUGUAUGUCCGAUCUUUUUAAUAAAAGCGUCAAGGUACAAGUCGA